AUGGCUGUGUCCAUUGAUGUAAUUAUUAUUACUAAGCAUUACAAUAUCAUCAUCACAACAUUCCGUGUUCAUCAUCACAACAUUCAUGUUCAUCAUUACAACAUCCAUGUUCAUCAUCACAACAUUCCGUGUUCAUCAUCACAACAUUCAUGUUCAUCAUUACAACAUACAUGUUCAUCAUCACAACAUUCCAUGUUCAUCAUUACAACAUCCAUGUUCAUCAUCACAACAUUCCAUGUUCAUCAUCACAACAUACAUGUUCAUCAUCACAACAUUCCAUGUUCAUCAUUACAACAUCCAUGUUCAUCAUCACAACAUUCCAUGUUCAUCAUUACAACAUCCAUGUUCAUCAUCACAACAUUCCAUGUUCAUCAUUACAACAUCCAUGUUCAUCAUCACAACAUUCCAUGUUCAUCAUUACAACAUCCAUUUUCAUCAUCACAACAUACAUGUUCAUCAUCACAACAUUCCAUGUUCAUCAUUACAACAUACAUGUUCAUCAUCACAGCAUUUAAUGAUUAUCAUUAUAAUAUUUCAUGA